AUGACGCUACUUGCGCCACAUACCGAUCUAAUCCCAUCUACCAAUCCAAAAAUUUCAACAAAACCGGUACUGAUCAAAGAGAAAAAGAAAGAGGUAAAAGAAAAUAUAAAGGAGGAAGAAGGUGAUGAAGAACGUGAAGAAGUACCACUGGAUGGUUAUCCAGUUGAUCUUGAAUUCCAUCAUGCUUCGCAUCACCGAACUGAAUCUUUCCGAGUGUUUCUCAGGCGGCAACUACGAAAUAUUGUGCAUUUCUUCGUAGAAGAUUGGUUCUUAUCUGCUGUUCUUGGUGUUGUUACAGCCGCUCUUUCAAUUGCAAUGGAUAUAAGCAUUGAAUAUAUGCAAGAAUAUCGCGUGGUAUUGUAUGAAUAUACCAUAAGAAAUUAUCAUUAUUACACAGCGCUUAUCGCUUGGACAGCUUACAUUACUAUACUGAUAGGUGCAUCCGCUUUAUUCUGUCAAUGUUUUGCAAAGCAGGCUAUCGGGUCAGGUAUUCCGGAAUUAAAAGUUAUAAUGUGUGGUUUUAAAAUGAAAAAUUAUUUAUCGCUACAAACGAUGAUCGGAAAAAUCUUUGGUUUGACACUUGCGCUUGGUGGUGGGCUUCCGGUCGGUAAAGAGGGACCAUUUGUACAUAUAGGAGCAAUUGUGGCAUCACUUUUAACGCGCAUUACUUCGUUAUGUCGUUAUCAAGCGUUUUUCUCAAGUGAAGGCCGUGAAAUGCAAAUGCUUUCAUCGGGAUGUGCGGUUGGUAUCGCCUGCACAUUUUCAGCACCCGCCGGUGCAGUGUUGUAUGGUAUCGAAUCAACAUCAAGAUUUUUUGCUGUUCGAAAUUAUUGGCGUUCCUUUUUUGCAACGACAUGCAGCGCACUUAUUUUUCGUUUCGCUAAUGCUGCUAUUAUACCACCAGAAAUUGGAGGUACCAUAACAGCAUAUUAUCAAACUUAUUUUCCAAGUUCAGUAUUUGUUGUCGAAGAAUUACCUAUAUUUGCUGUUAUUGGAGUAAUUUCGGGUUUAUUGGGUGCGUUGUUCGUAUUCGUACACCGACGAAUUACUAUAUUCAGGGAGAAUAAUCGUUUAUAUUUACGUGUUUUUGGGAAAAACCCAUUACUUUUUACAAUCUUCAUGGCAGCAGUUGUUGGUAUAGUAACAUGUCCGGAUGGCACCGGACGAUACUUCGCUGGAAAAUUUACAUUUCGUAAAACAUUAGCAGAUUUCAUUGCAAACUGCACCUUUACCCUAUCAAAUAAAACAGCAGAAGGUUGUUCGAAUGAACGAUUGGAAAGUUGGAUUGGAACAAAUCAUGAAUUAAAUAUCUUAAGCUGUUUGGCUAUUUAUUUUUGUGUUUAUUUUAUCCUCGUUGCAAUAUGCAUAUCGUUGGCGGUACCAACGGGUAUCUUUGUACCUUCCUUCGUUAUUGGUGCAUGUGGCGGUCGUUUAAUUGGUGAAAUAAUAGCAUUAUUACAUCCUCAAGGAUUUCGAGGUCCUGAUGGUCCACAGAUUUUUCCCGGAUUUUAUGCCAUUGUUGGAGCAGCAGCUUAUACGGGAUCGGUGACACAUUCACUUUCAAUUGCGGUUAUUGUAUGCGAAACGACAGGUCAACUUUCACCCCUACUACCAGUCCUGAUUGCAUUAAUGGUUGGUAAUGCAAUAAGCAGUUUUUUACAACCAUCAAUUUAUGAAAGUAUGAUUGAAAUCAAAAAUUUGCCAUAUUUAGCUGAUUUACCUCCUUCUCGGAUUAGUGUUUAUAAAUUAAAAGUUGAAAAUGUGAUGAUUCAUGAUGUGUUUUGUAUUACAAAAUCUACAACAUAUGCCGAACUCAGAGAACUUUUGUUAGCAACACCUCAUUUGCGAUCAUAUCCGAUAGUCACUGAUUCCAAAACGAAAAUUUUACUUGGUUCAGUAGCACGGAAAUAUUUGAAUUAUUUACUGUACGAAAAAUUAGGCUCAGACUCAAUGAUUGAUCGAAGGCGGAUUAAUACUACUUCUGAUUUAUUUAAUCAUAUACGUCGAAAUUCAUCACGAAGUACUAAUAACAUAUUAACAGAUCGAAAUAUUAGCGGUAAUACGUUACUUGCCAAUAGUCCGCUGCAUGAGGAUCACCGUAGAGAUAGCCCAUUAGCGCCGCUACUUCAACGUCAAACAAAUGUUGAACAUCAUGUGACAAAUUUGAGUUUACGCCAGCGCGCAUACAUUUUACAACAUCCUAUUAAUUUGGAUGAAAUUGCCAUCGAUCCGGCACCAUUUCAACUUGUCCUCGGUACAUCACUCUAUCGAGUGCAUACAUUAUUUUCAUUACUUGGUCUUAAUCAUGCUUAUAUCACAAACCGAGGAGAGCUUAUGGGUGUAAUUUCGAUUAAAGAACUUCGUAAUGCUCUUGCAAACAUAUAUAGUCGUGGAGCUAUUCCAACUUAUUCAGUGCGCAAAAAUACCGUAACAUCACCAAAUAAAUUGUUACUGGAUAUUGAACAACAAUUGGUAGCAACGGUUGGUACCCAAACAUUAUUAGAAGAUGAGGUUAUAUACGGUGUAGAUUCCGAUGUUGAAAUAUCAGAUAUUGAUAAGAUCACUGAUUAUAAAACUUUAUAA